AUGUCCCCAAUGGCCAUUUAUCUGGAUGAUGGUGAUGCCUCUGAGAUCUUUGGUUCCCAAGAAACUAAGGAGAAGACGCAGCUGAAUUGGGACCAGGAGGAGGAUCAGGACACGAAUAUGGAUCAAUGGCAGGCGGAUGCCUGCAUGCAGGACUCCCAAACGGGGAUUUGCCCCGCCGAAAAUCCACAUGAUGUGAAAUAUGAAAAGGGAAGUUGUGGCAAAUAUCCCAAGAAAAACAACAAAGAUGAGGACGAUGAUGAAGACGCUGACCCGGGUGCCAUUAGCGAUGAUGACGAUGAUGAUGAUGACGACGAUGAAGACGAUGACGAUGAUGAGUGCAGUGCCGAAGGUAGUGAUAUCCAUCUGGACGAUAAAGCCUUAGUGAACAGGAUCAAUUGCUUGAUGGGAUCCCUUCACAAGCACACCAAAGCCAUGGUCGAUAACCUCAAGAUCCUUGAAUCUCAAUUGAGUCCCAAGAAAAACUCGGCAUACAGGAAAAACACCAAUCUUGGUAGAAAAAGUCUGGGAAAACCAAUUGAUAAAUGGUCACGAAACUCGGAUUUCUAUGGUGAGCAUGAUCCGAGUGCUCAAGAGAAAUGCAUUGCCCAGGACAAUGUGGAACCCCAAGCUUAUUACCAGGCACAAUCGCAGCUUACCAGGGAUGAUCACCGUUUGCUAGUUCCGCCACUUUUGCAGCUCUUUCACGGACCCCCAUCCCUGCAAUCCCACUUCAAGAGCAGCCAGGAUGGUCCACAAUUAAAUUCAAGAUUUUGGAUGCCCUUUGGACAGGAAAGACAGGAAGCUUUGGUUAAAUCAGAACCAGAGGAGAAAACUCAUCUGCGAUAUGAGGAAUACGAGGCUAGAUUGAGACGUCUCAUGGACAAUCGAGAUGCUAUCGAGAAGAAUGUUAUGAGGAUAAUGAGGCCAAUACACUAAGAUGUUACCUCUACCUAAAAGUAUUCAAUAAAUUUUAUAACUCUCAUACUUAACACAAAUUUU